AUGCACAUCAAGAGCCUCAAGGCGAGUUCAAACACGCUCCUCGUCCUCGUCGACGCGUCUCAUCAGCGCAUCCAGGGCUUCAAGUCGUACCGGGACGAGACCGCCGUCGACCCUUUCUCGCCUGGGCUCAACCUCCUCGUCGGCCGCAACGGCUCGGGCAAGUCGAACUUCUUCUCGGCGAUCCGCUUCGUCCUGUCGGAUGCCUACACGUCCCUCUCGCGCGAAGAGCGCCAGUCGCUCCUGCACGACGGCGGCGGCGGGACCGGCGGCGCGACGAUGAGCGCCUACGUCGAGAUCGAGUUUGACAACUCGGACGGCCGGUUCCCGACCAACAAGCCGACGCUCCUGCUGCGCCGCACGAUCGGCCUCAAGAAGGACGAGUACCAGCUCGACCGCAAGUCGACGUCCAAGGGCGAGGUCAUGUCGCUCCUCGAGUCGGCCGGCUUCUCGCGGUCCAACCCGUACUACAUCGUCCCUCAGGGUCGUAUCACGUUCCUCACGAACCAGAAGGACGCCGACCGCCUCACCCUGCUCAAGGAGGUCGCCGGCACCAAGGUGUACGAGGAGCGACGUGCCGAGUCGAACAAGAUCAUGGACGAGACGAACUCGAAGCGCGACAAGAUCAAGGACCUGCUCGACUACAUCCAGGAGCGCCUCGACGAGCUCGAGGAGGAGAAGGAAGAGCUCAAGCAGUUCCAGACGCUCGACCGGUCCCGUCGGUCGCUCGAGUACUGCAUCUACCAGCGCGAGCUGCAGGACGUCGGCGACAUGCUCGACCAGAUCGAGGAGGAGCGCCGGCGGGACGUCGACAACGCCAACUCGAAGCGGGAAGAGUUCAACGGCCGCGAGAGGGAGCUGUCGACCCUCGCCGCUCGCCUGUCGAGCCUGCGAGAAUCCCUGUCGACCCUCUCGACCGAGCACCGCGAGCUCAGCUCCGAGAAGCGCGACCUCGCCAAGGCCGUCUCGAGCCUCGAGUGCACCGUCGCCGACGCCGAGGACGCCGCGCGGUCCGGGGCCGAGCGCCGCACGAGUGCCGAGGCGGCACUCGAGCGCGUUGAGGGCGAGAUCGAGGCCAAGGAGGGCGAGCUGUCGACGCUGCUGCCCGACUGGGAGAGCGCGCGCGAGGACGAGGCGACCAAGCAGGACGAGGUCGAGCAGGCCGAGGUGACGCUGCGCCAGCUGUUCGCCAAGCAGGGGCGCCGCGGCCAGUUCCGCACGCGCCGAGAGCGCGACGACCACCUGUCGGCGCUCGUCGCGCGCAACGAGGAGACGCUCGAGCAACGGCGUGGGCGCGAGGAGGGGCUCGAGCGCGAGAAGGAGGCGACGGAGAAGGAGCGCGACGAGGCCGAGGAGCAGAGGAGGCUGUUGAGGGAGCAGGCGGACGGGAGGAGGGACCGGGUCCACGAGCUCAAGGAGGAGAUCGCGGCGCUCAAGAAGGCGCACGCCGACAAGGACGAGCAGCGCAGGGACCUGUGGAAGGAGGAGGCCAAGCUGAGCGCGCAGGGUCGUCACGCCGCCGACCAGCUUCGCUCGGCCGAGCAGGCCGUCUCCAAGACGAUGGACCGCGACACGGCCAACGGCCUGCGCGCCGCACGCGCUAUCGCCACCGAGCUCGGCCUCGACGGAUACCACGGUCCGCUGUACGAGCUGUUCGAGGUCGAGGACCGCUACAAAACGGCCGUCGAGGUCACUGCCGGCACGAGCCUGUUCCAGAUCGUCGUCGACUCGGACGCCAUCGCGACGCAGAUCCUCGACCGCAUGGUGCAGGACAAGAGCGGCCGCGUCACGUUCAUGCCGCUCAACCGCCUGCGCGUCCACGACCACGAGUACCCAAAGACGACCGAGGCCAUCCCGAUGAUCAACAAGCUCAAGUUUGCCGAGCAGUUCCGCCCGGCGUUCAAGCAGGUCUUUGGGCGCACCAUCAUCUGCCAGACGCUCGAGAUUGCCGGUGCCUACACGCGCUCGCACAGCCUGAACGCCAUCACGCUGGACGGCGACAAGUACGACCGCAAGGGCUCGCUCACGGGCGGGUUCCACGACGUGCGCCGCUCGCGCCUCGACGCCGUCAAGGCCAUCAAGGCGGCCCAGCACCGCGACGGCGAGCUUCGCGCGCACCACACCGAGGUCCGCCACAAGCUCGUCACGCUCGACCAGGAGGUGACGCACGUGCUCGGCCAGAUCCAGGUCGCCGAGCAGCGCCUGCAGCGCGCCGUCCAGGAGCGCGAGCCGCUCGUCGACGAGGCGAUGCGGCUCCAGGACGAGGCCGACCGGGCCCGGACGCGCCUCGCCCGCCUCGACAAGCAGCUCGUCGAGCACAAGAGCAACAUGCGUACGCUCGAGCGCGAGUGCGAGCUGUGGCGCGCCGAGAUCGAGAGCGCGUUCGAGGAGGGCCUGAGCGGCGACGAGGAGGACACGAUGAAGCGCCUGAGCGAGGAGGUCGAGGCCAAGAAGAAGGAGCUCGUCGACCUGUCCAAGCGCCUGUCCGAGCUCGCCACCAAGAAGAACGUGCUCGAGAUCGAGCUCAACGAGGACCUGCGCCGCCGUCGCGAGGAGCUCCGGGCCCGCCUCGACGCGCUCGACACGGCCGGCGCCGGCGCCGACGACGGCGACGAGGACGACGGCUCGGCGGCCAACCUCGAGGUCAAGAAGAAGCAGCUCGCCAAGCUCCGCAAGCAGGUCGAGGUGCUCAACCGCCGUGUCGAGGAGAUCGACGAGCAGACCGACCGCCUCAACAAGGAGGUCGCCGACGCCGAGAAGGAACGCGAGAAGCUGCAGGGCCAGCAGGCCGACGACCAGCGCGGCAUCGUGCGGCAGCAGAAGAGCGUCGAGCGGUACCUCGCCAAGCGCCAGGUCCUCAUGCAGCGCAAGGACGAGUGCAACAAGAACAUCCGCGACCUCGGCGUCCUGCCCGAGGAGGCGUUCCGCGAGAACAAGUCGUCGUCGGAAAAGCUCCUCAAGAAGCUCCGCAAGGUCAACGAGUCGCUCAAAGCGUUCGCGCACGUCAACAAGAAGGCGUACGAGCAGUACAUGUCGUUCACCAAGCAGCGUGACGAGCUGCUCGCGCGCCAGGACGAGCUCGACAAGUCGCAAGAGUCGAUCGAGGAGCUCAUCGGCGUCCUCGACGCGCGCAAGGACGAGGCGAUCGAGCGCACGUUCAAGCAGGUCGCCAAGAACUUUGCCGAGGUGUUUCAGAAGCUCGUCCCGACCGGUCGCGGCCGCCUCAUCAUGUUGCAGCGCCAGCUCGACAAGGGCGAGGACGACAUGGACGUCGACGAGCCCGAGGAGGAGGGCAGCGUCGAGAACUACACGGGCGUCGCCAUCCGCGUCUCGUUCAAGUCCAAGUCGAACGAGGGCCUUCGCCUGCAGCAGCUGUCCGGUGGGCAGAAGGCGCUGGUCGCCCUCGCGCUCAUCUUCUCGAUCCAGAAGUGCGACCCUGCGCCGUUCUACCUGUUUGACGAGAUCGACGCCAACCUCGACGCCGACCGCCGCACCGCCGUCGCCGCCAUGAUCAGCGAGCUGUCGCAAGAGGCGCAGUACAUCUGCACGACCUUCCGCGCCGAGCUCAUCCCGCACGCCGACAGCUACUUUGGCGUCGUGUUCAACCAGGCAAAGAUCUCGAACGUCAAGACGCUCACGGCCGACGAGUGCAGCACGUUCAUCGAGGCCGCCGAGCAAGUGCGCGCCUGA